AAAUUAAGCCCAAAGUCACGGAUGGACGGGCUAUUAAAUUUUUUUAAAAAAAUAAAUCGAAGAAAUGAGAAUAUGCCAAGGCAUAUCUACUGAUUUUAUAUCUCUCUAUCGUCGUCUCCUCAAAAGAGAAGAGGAAAAAUCCAAGAAAAGGCUCACUUCAAAAACUCUCUCAAGCUUCUCUCCAACUCUCUCCACUCUGAACAAAGUUUCAAAGCCCUCACGUUUUCAACGCAAGAACAAACAUUUUUCAAAUAAUGGCGCAUCUACUCUUAUCUCCAUGCCCUUCAGUUAUCUCCCUUAGCAGCAGAAAGAACUCGGUUAAACCGUUUAGUACAAAGCAAAACUUCUUCAACCCUCAAGUCCUUUCAAGAUCUUCUCUCAAAGGACUUCUCUUCCAAGAGAAUAAGCCAAUAAGUAGAAGAAGAAGAAGAAGAAGCUUCGGUUUCCGAGCAGCUUCUGUACCUAUAAGCCAACAAGCACCACCUGAAACAUCUACCAAUAACGACUCAUCAUCAAAACCAAAACGUGUUAUGGUCAUUGGUGGAGACGGUUACUGCGGCUGGGCUACUGCUCUCCACUUAUCCAAAAAGAACUACCAAGUCGCUAUCGUCGACAACCUCGUCAGACGCCUCUUCGACCACCAGCUUGGACUCGAGUCACUGACUCCUAUAGCCUCCAUCCAUGACCGUAUCAGCAGGUGGAAGGCUCUGACAGGGAAGUCCAUUGAGCUAUACGUCGGUGACAUCUGUGACUUCGAGUUCUUAGCUGAAUCCUUCAAGUCUUUCCAGCCUGAUUCAGUUGUCCACUUCGGCGAGCAACGCUCUGCACCUUACUCCAUGAUCGACCGUUCAAGAGCCGUGUUUACACAGCACAACAAUGUCAUUGGCACUCUCAACGUCCUCUUUGCAAUCAAAGAGUUCGGAGAAGAUUGCCAUCUCGUGAAACUCGGGACGAUGGGUGAGUACGGAACUCCGAACAUCGACAUCGAGGAAGGUUAUAUAACGAUAACGCACAAUGGUAGGACCGAUACUUUACCGUACCCGAAGCAGGCUAGCUCGUUUUAUCAUCUUAGCAAAGUUCACGACUCGCACAACAUUGCUUUUACUUGCAAGGCUUGGGGGAUCAGAGCUACUGAUCUUAACCAAGGAGUUGUUUAUGGUGUGAAGACUGAUGAGACGGAGAUGCAUGAGGAGCUGCGUAACCGGUUGGAUUACGAUGCUGUGUUUGGUACAGCUCUUAACCGGUUCUGUGUGCAAGCUGCUGUUGGUCAUCCACUUACGGUUUAUGGUAAAGGUGGUCAGACAAGAGGCUACCUCGAUAUAAGAGACACGGUCCAAUGUGUUGAGCUCGCUAUAGCUAACCCGGCAAAGGCUGGUGAGUUCCGUGUAUUCAACCAAUUCACAGAACAGUUCUCAGUCAACGAGCUGGCGUCGCUGGUGACUAAAGCGGGUUUAAAGCUCGGCCUGGACGUGACAAAGAUGACUGUGCCUAACCCGAGAGUUGAGGCGGAAGAGCAUUACUACAACGCAAAGCACACAAAGCUGAUGGAGCUUGGACUUGAGCCUCACUAUCUUUCAGAGUCACUUCUUGAUUCGUUGCUCAACUUCGCUGUUCAGUUUAGGGAUCGUGUGGACACAAAGCAGAUCAUGCCUAGUGUUUCUUGGAAGAAGAUUGGCGUCAAGACUAAGUCUAUGGGCGCCUAAUAGUAUCAUCUCCUAUUGUAUUUAAAAACUUUGACUAGCUUUCAAUUGAUAAGAAUGAAGUAUUUCGUUUUAUGACUUGAGGAAAUUUUUCUUUAAACAAGUAAAAAUUUAUUUAA